AUUUUGAAAAGCAGUGGAGCAGCUUCCGGCUGUUUUUGUUGUGUAUACUAUUACAGGAAGGUGAAAAGCAACGGGACGCUCACUACCAUUAACAUCAGUAUUUUGAUGUCAACAUGGGGGCUUGUCUGGCUUUGUGCUCUGUAGCAAGCUGUGCCUCCUGUCUGUGUGGCUCAGCACCAUGUCUUCUGUGUGGCUGCUGUCCCUCCUCCAACAGCUCCACCAUCACACGGCUGGUGUUCUCCUUCUUCCUGCUGAUGGGUACCAUGGUAUCUGUCAUCAUGAUCCUUCCUGGCAUGGAGGCACAGCUCAGUAAAAUCCCAGGAUUUUGCCAGGGAGGAAGUGCUAUACCCGGUUUCGAGAACCAGGUUAACUGCGAUGUCAUUGUGGGCUACAAGUCUGUGUACCGCAUGUGCUUCGCCAUGACUUGCUUCUUCUUUCUGUUCUUCGCCAUCAUGAUUCGCGUCCGUAGCAGCAAGGACCCACGUGCAGCUAUUCAAAAUGGGUUCUGGUUCUUUAAAUUUCUGAUCCUGGUUGGGAUUACAGUGGGAGCUUUCUUCAUCCCUGAUGGAAAAUUUCAUACCGUGUGGUUUUACUUCGGAGUCGUGGGAUCCUUCAUCUUCAUUCUAAUCCAACUUAUUCUUCUCAUCGACUUUGCCCACUCCUGGAACAAGGUGUGGGUAGAAAAUGCUGACAAUAGUGACAACAAAUGCUGGUUUGCAGGCCUGCUGUCUUUCACCAUCCUCCACUACGCACUGGCUAUCACUGCCGUGGUGCUUUUCUACGUUUACUACACACAGCCAGACGACUGCACAGAGCACAAGGUCUUCAUCAGCCUCAACCUGAUCUUGUGCAUCAUCAUCUCCAUUGUCUCCAUCCUGCCCAAGAUACAGGAAGUCCAGCCACACUCCGGUUUGCUCCAGCCUUCACUCAUCUCCCUCUACACCAUGUAUGUCACUUGGUCUGCAAUGACCAACAAUCCAAAUCGAAAGUGUAAUCCCAGCCUGUUGAGUCUAGUGUCAAACGUCACCACCACUGAACUGCCUGGUGACAGCACCCCUGGACUGCCUGGUGAAAGCACCCCUGGACAGGUGCAGUGGUGGGACGCUCAGGGCAUUGUUGGUCUGAUCAUCUUCCUCUUCUGCACUCUAUAUGCCAGUAUCCGCUCGUCCAGUAACACCACGGUAAACAAGCUGAUGCAGACGGAGGAGGGCGGAGGGUCAGGUGGAGAGGGAGUGGUGGGAGAGGACGGCAUACGCAGGGCCGUGGACAACGAGGAGGAGAAAGUCUCUUACAGCUACUCCUUUUUCCACUUCCACCUCUGUUUGGCCUCCCUGUACAUCAUGAUGACUCUCACCAACUGGUACCAACCGGACACCACCACCCAUGCCAUGCAGAGUCACAUGCCAGCUGUGUGGGUGAAGAUGAGCUCCAGCUGGCUAGGCCUGGGGCUCUACCUCUGGACCCUCAUCGCCCCUCUCAUCUUCCCCGACAGGGAUUUCAACUGAGUACGCCUUGUCUUCUAGCUGUAUUUAGUUGUUUAGUGUCUUGCCUAGUGUACUAGGCAGUGUGAAGGAUGCUAUGAAGGAAAUGGGAAGGCUGUUAUAAAGGAAAUACAUUUCUUUUUAUUCCUUUUUUUUCAAUUAAUCUCCUCUGCUGUUAUUGUGCUUGUGUUGUUUUACCUCUCCUUGUAUGAUUAUUUAGUGUGGUAAUCACUGCAGAUAUUUGAUAGUGUAAGUGGAUUUUUCUAGUUAGCCUGAUUGAUGAGGUUUUUGGCUACAAGAAGUUAUUUUCUUUGCCAGUGACUCACAUUCGUGGGCAACCCCUUACCUUCCGCCUGUCGUAGUCUUAACAAAGACUCAAUAACAAGGCACUUUCUCGAUACCUCAGUAACAGAUUCCCUUUUAAGGGCCUGUGAGAUGUUCUUCUCUGAUUGGCCACGUCUGGAAUCCCUGAUUAGCUGGACUCUGUUAGUGCUGGGGGGGCAACGAGGGGAACCCUCCUCUGGAGCCCCAGCGUGAGUUGAGUGUGAGAGUUAGAUAAGACUAAUAUGACACGCCCUACACAUCAUAACAGGGCUUCCCUUUUUUGCUGCCGGGCUGUACACAAAUCCACUUCAUCACACCUUGAGCCAGAGUCCGAAUUAGACCACCAGUCUAAUCUCAGCUCUUCCAACGCAGGGUAUUUUAUCUCUGGUGCUACGCCUCUCCAUGUCUGACUGUGUUUGGCCGUGUACAGCCACGGGCAUCAAUCUGUAUACCUGUAUAGCGGUCUGUUUGCAGCAGGGAGACAUGUAUUGAUCCAUAGCAGUCAGCAUCAUGCAAUGUGCAGCGGUACGGUUCAGGAGGUGAUGGCGUGAAGUCCACCGUGCUCUCACAAAUGCCAUUAUUUCAGGAAUGUUACGGAGCGUGUUAUUGAGUUGAGAGGGCGAAAAAAAAAAAAGAAGGAAUUUUUAAUUGUCGCAGUGUACAAAACAAGAACAUUUCAGAAGUGAUAAAUUGCUGUUAAAUGGUAAUGACUUUCAAAGUAUGUCGAUGGUUGUGAUGGUGGUACAAUGAUAUUAUGCAUUAUAUAGUGGUUACCUCAAUAUCAAUGAAUGGAAUAAGUUAAAAUAAGACCAGUAGGUUUUGUACUUGUAAAUGUUUUUGGUACAAUCCUGAAAAUGUUUGACUGUAUUAUGUUCCUUUUCAAACAUUUCACGCUCAUGAAUCAGAUUCCCUGUUUCUCUGGCUGCAUAUGAGUAUUGUGAGUGGAAUUUUUAAAUGUCUUUUAUAUUCAUUUUCUUUCUCAAAUAUUGUCAAAUGUAUUGUACAUUUCACAAUUAUUAUUGCCCUAUACUGAGGAGAUUAUUUAGGCAGAAUUGUUAUAAUGUAAUUAUUUCAAAAACAAUAUUAAGUGCCUUUUUGUAGUCCUGCGUUUCAAAAAAGAAUUUAACACUAAUGCUGACGUGUGCUCGUUAUACCUUGCCUUACAUUGUGGUGAGUCAGUCAUUGCAUGCCCACAAGGCAUAGGCCUAUAUGACAUGAACUAAUAUUGUAAUUAACGUAUACUGUUUUUAAUAAAGAUGAAAACCUAUCACUCA